AUGGCGGUGGUAACUGAGGUGCACGGAUACACUGGCGAGUUUUACCGCCGAUUCAAUAUUCCCGAGGACACUGACUGCCCAUGCGGAGAGGCGCUACAAACGAGAGAGCACAUCCUACGCGAGUGUCCUAUAUACGACAACGAACGACCCAUCAUACGAGCCACUUCCGCCAACUUCGGUUUAACGGAGAUGAUGGGCACGAAGGAAGGAAUCGUCGCACUAGCGGAAUUCCUACAGAAAUCGGGAGCGUUCACGAAGAGCGGUAGGGUCUGGAAAGACCGCGAAAUACCCAUUCUAGAGGACGAGCCGGAACCCGACAUAUCGGACGACGAAGAGGAGGAUGAAGCUUCCGACCACGGCUAA